AUGGCCUCAUUCAAGGAAUUAUCUCUCUCCCGUCCCUUCCCUCAAUCCACCCAUCGUCACCAUUCCCACUCCAUUUCCCUUGGUGCCGUCAACUCAAACCAUCGGGUGACUCGCCGAAAGAGCGUGACCACCACAGCCGCUGCCAACGCUGCCGCGGCGGUUGCUGCCACCCUGAAAGAUUCUCCAGACUCCAUGGGAAUUGCCAUGCCCGCCCAUCGUCGGGGAAGUCGAAAAGGUUUAGAAUCUAGCUCGGUCGGAGCUCCCUCUGCUCUCAGCUCAUACCUUUCCCGCAGCAUCAACAGCGCCAGCCGGGACUCGCUGGUCGCCCGCAAGGCUUCUCCCAGCCAAGUACAGGACAGCUCGCCAAUGGCCCAGACCGCGGUGGAUGGAAGCAUUGCCCCCGGAAAACAGAUCAGCACCAAGAACCGCAACCGACGCGCUAGCGAAGGUGGGCAUAUGGUCAAGGGCGAAGGAAAAGGCUCCAGACCCGAACUUCGCUGCGAACGCUGUGGGAAGGGGUAUAAGCAUGGCAGUUGCUUGUCCAAGCAUAUGUGGGAGCAUGACCCAGCAUGGGCUAUCACGUCGAAACUCCUGAUCUCUAAGCACCAGCAGGUGCAAUUGCUGGAAGCGGCGUCUGUCUUGGUCAACAUGAACGUGGACGACCCGACUGCAGAAGUUCCUGACGCUGAGUCGGAGACUUCAUCCGCUUCACCAGACGCCUCCUCCGAACUUCGAGACGGACUCAGCUCGACAGAGACCACUCCGCCGCCGAUGGAUGAAGACAACAGCGACGACGACAUGUCGAUUGAACCUGAGAAGCCCUUCGGCGUCAACCACGCGGCCCCGCAGUAUUCCCACUCGUUCCAGUCCAUCUCCGCGAGCUCGUUCGCAGGGAGCGCCCCAUGGCCUUCCCCCGGCUUCUCGCACUACCGUCAUUCGAGCAUCGACACUCGUCCCCCGACCGCGGAAGCCAAGUUGGCCGACGACGAUGAGGCGGAUUUGGCUGCUGCCAUCGGCCUUUGCAACUUUGGCACACCCCGAAUGGGUCCGACAUCGGUGUCACCCGGUGUUCCACCAGUGCCCCCGCUUCCAUCCCGCUUCCUUGACCAGGCUAGUUCUUCGGAACAUCACAAUCUUGGCCGAUCAGGGUCAGGGGUCAGCGUUACUGAUACCACCCUCGCCAACUCCCAACAGGACGUGUUCCUCUCGUUGUCAUUCAAUCCUUCGAUGUCGUACAAGGUGUCGGAUGAGCGCGAAGUCAGGCUGGGGAACACGGAACGCAGCAGCCGUCAAACCCGCAACGCUGAUGUUGAUUUUGGCAACCGCCCCACUCACGCGGACGACGAUGACGACGGUGUCUUUGGACGAAUGGAGGAGUAA